GAAGCUAUACCUCAAAGAGAGUGUUUAGUACGCUAUAAGAGCUUGGGGUGUAAACAUUUGGAUUUGUAAUGUGAAUGUAAGAGAUUGUAUUGUUUUUGCAUAGAUAGUGUGAGGACUUAAAGACAUAUGGAAACACAUGUUUGAGUGUACUCAAAACUGCUAUUACUCUUAAAGUGAUUUAGAGACUUCUAAUAGACACACUUCUAUUAAAUUUUUCUGGAAAUUCCUGUAUAAACAUUUUAUUAUCAAAUAGUAUUGAAAUAUUACUAUGCAUUAAAGCAUUCCAUUACUUAGACUGGAACUAGUUUUAAUAUGAUUUUAAAGACACCUUACUAUCAAAGUAAAUGAAUUCUUGAUGAUCAGCAUUUAAGAUUCUUCAGUUUAGUGUUCGGUCAUCUAAAUACUGUCCUAUGUCAACAUGCCUGCUUAAGUAAAUAAGUGGUUUUCUAAAUUGUGUGGAUGAAAGGAUUUAAAAAAAAGGAUUUUAAUGUUUGGGUUAGUUAGGUGACAUCUGUUGAAUAAUAGAGUUUUGUGGUGUUAAAUACACACUUUAUCUUGUAAAUGUUUUUAACAUGUGUUAGGAUUGAAAUAAAAAGUGUUAUUUCAUGUUAACUCAAUGUAAUUUCUGCUAAUAGAUAACUCUUUGAAGUGGAUUGUAGAACUUUUAGUUAUAUUAAUUAGUGAUAGUGAAUUUGUGCACAAUAGUUACUGCUUUAUCAAUUUCCAUUGAUUUAGUGAAUAGGAUUAUCAAAUUAGUGACAUACCAGUUACACUAAAAUAUACUACUAAUUGAAUAGUUACGAAGACUAAUGGAAAUAGGUAUAAUUGUUUGAAAAGUGAAAUUAUUUCAAAUUUUCAUGAAUUGUAGAAGAAAAAUAGUGAUUUCUUAAUCCAGUACUUUAUUUAUAACAGCAGUUGAAACCAAGUGAUUUAAUAAGUGUGACAAGUCCUUUGAUAAAGCUAAUUUAAACACAAAAUAUCUCAGGAUCCAGUACUGAUAAGUGCCGUAUCAAUAUAUAUCAGUAAUCUAAAUGUAAACUUUGAGUUUGACUUGAUCAAGUGUUGUUUACUAUAAGAGAACUAUUACCUAUAUCUGAUCUGUCACCUGAUCUAGGUAAAGAUAUAGAUCAAGGAUUAUCAUACCUGUUGAUGUACAGUGAUUGACAGUCUAUUAUUUACAGAUUGGAGAGAGACGGAGGGAAGGGUUGUUGUGGAUGGUGGACCAUGAAUGUUACUGGUAGACGCAUGUAAUUAAAAGUUAUUUAAUAGUAAACUGAUGCCAACAGAACACUGGAUUUAUGCUAUGAAGAUGUUACCACAAUCACCAGUAUUUAAUGUUAAAACUACCUCAAAUUAGUACUGCUUAAAAUUUGCCAAACACUUUGUGAUCUCUUCCAUAACUAACCAAAAUAAAUCAGCAUGACGAUUCUAAAGUCUCGUCCUGCCGAAUAUACGGCCAUGACUCAAGCAAUCAUCCAACCAACCAACAAAAGUUCUUCCACAGAAGAACGUCGUUAUAAAAUUAAAAAAGAUCUUGGAUCUCAAGAAGAGACAUGUGGAUGGUUCUUCCUUCAGCCAUUGCUGUGUCAGACAUUCCGCAAACCAGCAUGGGUGCUAUUCUUUUUGUGCUGUGCAGGUGGGAUACAGGGAAUGGUAGUAAAUGGAUUUGUAAAUGUAGUGAUAUCCAACAUCGAAAGACGUUUUUCUAUUAGUUCUACAGAAUCCGGAACUAUUGCAUCAUGUUACGAUAUAGCAUCGGUGUUAUUACUGAUCCCAAUUACAUAUUUUGGAGGACAAGGAAUCAAGCCAAGGUAUUUAGGAAUAGGAGUUUUAGUACUGGGCAUUGGCUCCUUUGUUUUUUCUUUACCACACUUUACCACAGACCCGUACCAUGUGGACGGGACAACAGAAAAUGUGUGCAGAGUACUGGAUAAUGUUACUAACAGUUGUGAAACUGGUGAAUCAUUUUCCAGUCUUUCCAAUUAUAAAUAUGUGUUCUUUCUCGGUCAGUUAUUGCACGGAGCUGGUGCUGCACCGUUAUAUACUCUUGGAGUUACCUACCUGGAUGAAAAUUUACCUCAAAGAUCUUCGUCUUUUUAUGUUGGCAUAUUUUAUUCAUUUGCUAUCUUGGGACCAGCUUUAGGCUAUUUAGUUGGUGGACAAUUUCUUAACAUAUACACAGAUAUUGGCAGCACCGAUUUGAAUACGUUAACCAUCGAUUCUGAUAAUCCAAGAUGGGUUGGAGCAUGGUGGAUAGGUUUUCUUAUUAGUGGUACUAUGGCUCUAUGUACAGCUAUACCACUGUCAGGUUUUCCAAGAUCACUACCAGGUUCUAGUAUAUAUCGAGCAGAAAGAGGUAAAGAGGCCUAUCAUAAGGAAGGAGCAGAUGAUAGUGAGAAAGUUGGAUUAAAGCGAGGCUUUAGAGAUAUACUACUUUCAAUUAAACUUCUUGUAUCAAAUCCAACUUUCAUGUUUUUAAAUUUUGCGGCAGCUAGUGAAGGUAUUUUAUUAAGUGGGUUUUCAACAUUUGCACCAAAAUUUAUUGAAGCUCAAUUUUCAUUUUCAUCUGGCUGGUCUGCUCAACUAAUGGGUCUUGCUCUCAUACCAGCUGGUGGUGGUGGAACAUUGUUAGGUGGUUUCCUUGUAAAAAAGUUUAAUUGGAGAGUCUCAACUAUCAUCAAAUUUUGUCUGUUAUCUACCUGUAUUAGUAUACCGUUUGGAUUUGUAUUUUUUAUGUAUUGUGACAAUAUACCAUUUGCUGGUAUCAACAUAAAGUAUGAUAAAGAUGUCAGUAGUGCAAAUCUAGAAUUUUUAGGUGACGAUCAACUAAACAAUACGUGUAAUGCCCUUUGUAAAUGUACCCAAGAUGAAUAUACACCAAUAUGUGGACGAGAUGGUAAAAUGUAUUUUUCCCCAUGUUACGCAGGAUGUUCUACCCGUGUCAAUAAUUCAGAACCAAAGCAAUAUACCAAUUGUGACUGUGUGAAUUUUACUGUCACCAAUGAAACAAGUUAUAUGACAGAGCUAGGAAAAUGUGAAAGUUCGUGUCCAUGGCUACCUUUGUUUAUGCCAAUGUUUACCAUGGUUAUAUUUCUAACAUUUAUAACUAGUAUGCCUGCUUUAUCAGCAACAUUAAGAUGUGUGCCUGAACAUCAGAGAACAUUCAGUUUAGGGAUUCAGUGGAUAAUAGCUCGAUGUCUGGGUUCAAUACCCGGACCAAUAUUAUUCGGAACAAUAAUUGAUCUGACCUGUAUCCUUUGGCAGAAAAAAUGCUCGGAUAAAGGUGCCUGCUUGAUUUACGACAAUAAACAGCUUAGCUACAAUUUACUUGCUCUUGGAACUGUUUUGAAAAUCCUCUCUGUCAUUUUCUUCUUAUCUGCAUUAAUGUUGUAUAAAAAGCCCCCUGAUAGAGAGACAGCAAUCUCUACUGAUACCAUGACAACCUCCAUGACCUCUAGUGUCAAUAGCAAAAUUGCAAAUGGGGACUUAGAUACUGAAGAGAAAAAGAAAUCAACAGAGCAGGAAAGUUAAUGAACAAGAGAUUUUUAGAUUUUGUUGUUGAAUUUGUAUAUUUUUUACUUUGUUUUGUGUCAUAAAUAAUGUUGUGUUAAAAAAAAUUAAACAAUUAUUUUAAAUAUUUAAAUUUGUUUGUAAAAUUUGGAAUGCAUAAUGCAUGUAACAACUGAUUACAUUAUCAUAUUGUCUAAAAAAAUAUACAUAUCAUAGAGUUCCAUAUAUUUUGUAAAUCAUAAAUUUCAUUUUUGGGUUGUAUCUGGUAAUUCUUGAGGAUUCUUGUCUCAGUGUACAUGUAUGUUGAAGUUUCUCCAGUUAUAAAAUAUUGUGUAGAUUAGGCCUAUG